UGGGUAAUGCCUCUCUUUUCCCAUCUCGCUGUGCUGGAGGAGGCUCGAUCGUGUUCCAGCAAAUCUUCCCGAGUUUGUAUCGAAUGUUCUGAAUCCUCCUGAUCACGACUUCAGUGGACUAAGACAAAAUUCGUGCAAUCUUCGCGUCCGGUUGGAGGCGUCUCGUGCACGUUGAAGCUUCUCGGCCUAGCUUAGCUUAGCUUAGCUUAGCAUAGCGUAGCUUGCUAACAAAGAGACGCGUUUGUAGUCAACACUUCGCUAAGCAAAGAUCAAGCGUGAGGUAAUGGGUGAGGUCUUAUUUACACCACCGACUUGUAAGGAGUGGGGACCACAAUAUCGAAUACUAACACUGAAAUGUGGUUUAAAAAAAAAAAACUGAAACAACAACAACAACAACUCAAUUCUGUCAGCUUUGUUUUUCUGAGAUACUGAAAAAAUAUCCUGCAACGAUUAUUUUCUGAAUCGUUAUUUAUCUUAGUCUGGAUUCUGACUCCUUUUGUAGAAUAAUGUCGAUAAUGUUUCAACACAAAUUGUCUCUCACAAAGGAGCUGUCUUCUUUCUCUCAGUUAUCGCUGACAAUGCAUAACUACAUGUUCUGCUGUUUACUUUUUGUUGACAGUAAUCACAUCUCCCACUUUGCUGCUUUGCCAGUUUAACUAACGUACUGUUUAACCCACGAUGUCCAAAUCUGAAUCUUGAUAUCAUUGUUUCGCAUGUCCGAUUUGCACUUGCUUUUCUCGUCCCCCCACGUAGAGUGGAAAGUAAUGUGAUCGUCGUGUGAAAAUGUGUGCAAGAAGGACGCCGGAGUACGAGGAGGAACUUUGUGGCCCAAAAGAGGAGAAGGAGCCACGUCUUCAACUUCUGCAGCCUCCAACUGUGCUACGCAGAGCAGACAUCACUGAACAUCUUCGUCCUGAGCAGCAGGAGCCAGAGCCCCCUCACAUUAAAGAGGAAGUGGAGGAUGAAGAGGUCCACCACAUCAAAGAGGAAGAGAAGCCUAUUUUGAUUAAAAAAGAAGAGGAAGAAGCGUGCCCCCAUAUCAAAGAGGAAGAGGAUAUUACCAGGUUUCCAAUGACUGAUGUCCCUUUGAAGAGUGAAGAUGAAGGGCAAAGUGGGGAGAGCAGAGGGGCGGAGCCUCCAAACAGCAGCUCAAGUCAACACACGACAACAGAAGGUCAUCAAGAUCACUGUGGAGGAUCACAAGCAGACGGACUCUUAGCUCCACUCUCUGAUAGUGACGACAUGACGUCACACGCUACUCACACUGAUGAUGAUGGACAGUCUCAAGUUGAUAUGACAUUUCACACUGACAACAAACGGUGGAAAUGUUCUCUGUGUGGGAAAACAUUUGCUUAUAAGAGUAGUUUGAAACAUCACAUGAGAAUACACACUGGUGAGAAACCUUUUUCCUGCUCAGAUUGUGGUCAAAGAUUCUCUGAGAAGGGACACUUGACAAGACACAGAAGAACCCACACUGCUGAUAAACCUUUUUCCUGCUCAGUUUGUGGUCAAAGAUUCACUCAGAAGGGAAGCUUAAAAAUACACACAAGAACCCACACUGGUGAGAAACCUUUUUUCUGCUCAGUUUGUGGUCAAAGAUUCACUCAGAAGGGAAGCUUAAAAAUACACACAAGAACACACACUGGUGAGAAACCUUUUUCCUGCUCAGAUUGUGAUCAAAGAUUCUCUGAGAAGGGCCACUUGACAAGACACACAAGAACCCACACUGAUGAGAAACCUUUUUCCUGCUUCGAUUGUGGUCAGAGAUUCUCUGACAACGGAACAUUGACAAGACACACAAGAACCCACACGGGUGAGAAACCUUUUUCCUGCUCAGUUUGUGGUCAAAGAUUCACUCAGAAAGGAGGCUUAAAAAUACACACAAGAACACACACUGGUGAGAAACCUUUUUCCUGCUCAGACUGUGGCCAAAGAUUCUCAAAGAAUGAAGACUUAAAAAUCCACACAAGAACUCACACUGGUGAGAGACCUUUUUUCUGCUCAGUUUGUGGUCGAAGAUUCUCUGUGAAGAGAAACUUAAAAAUACACACAAGAACACACACUGGUGAGAAACCUUUUUCCUGCUCAGAUUGUGAUCAGAGAUUCUCUGACACGGGAACCUUGACAAGACACACAAGAGCCGACACUGAAACUUGGUUCUGUUCGACUGAUCAAGUCUGAUUCACAAAUAUGAGCGUUCCAUACACGAUCGGUCAUGGCCCGGGUUAACAACGUCCGCCACGGGCGCCGUCAACCUGCAGGGCACCGGUGGAAAUUCAGCUACUGUGGGUCGAAGUCGAAGAAGAAGAAGAAGACGAGGAAAGCGGGUUCUUCGGCAGAAAGAGAGGAGGAAAACAGAGCUUAGAAUUGAAUGUGGGGACUUUGAAGGUUGGGACUAUCACAGAAAAAUCUUGGGAGUUGGUUGACAUGAUGAUUAGGAGAAAGGUUACUAUAUUGUGUGUCCAGGAGAGCAGGUGGAAAGGCAGUCAAGCUAGAAGUUUAGGGGCAGGGUUGAAAUUAUUUGACCAUGGUGUAGAUGGGAAGAGAAAUGGAAGUAGGGGUUAUUUUAAGGGAAGAGUUAUCUUAGAAUGUCUCGGAGUGGAAAAAAGUAUCAGAUCGAGUGAUGAGGCUGAAACUUGAACUUGAGGGUGUUAUGUAUAAUGGGAUUAGUGGCUAUGCCCCACAGGUAGGAUGUGACCUAGAGGUGAAAGAGAAAUUCUGGAAGGAGCUAGACAAAGUAGUUCUGAGCAUCCCAGACAGAGAGAGAGUCGUGAUUGGUGCAGAUUGUAAUGGACAUGUUGGUGAAGGAAACGGGGGCGAUGAAGAAGCGAUGGGUAAGUUCAGCACCCAGGUAAGGAACCUCGAGGGACAGAUGGUAGUAGACUUUGCAAAAAGGAUGCAAAUGGCUGGAGUGAACACUUUUUUCCAGAAGAGGCACGAACAUAGCGUGACCUACAAGAGCGGAGGUAGAAGCACGCAGGUGGAUUACAUCUUGUGCAGACGAUGUACUCUGAAGGAGGUUACCGACUGUAAGGUUGUGUUAGGGGAGACUGCUGCUCGACAGCAUAGGAUGGUGGUGUGUAAGAUUACUCUGGUGGUGGGGAGGAAGAUUAGGAAGACAAAGUCAGAGCAGAGGUUAUGCGGCUUUUCGGGAAGAGGUGAGACAGGUUCUCAGUGGACAGGGGGGGCUUCCAGACUGGACCACUACAGCCAAGGUGAUCAGAGAGGCAGGCAGGAGAGUACUUGGUGUAUCAUCUGGCAGGAAAUGAGAGGAGGAGACUUGAUGGUGGAACCUCAAAGUACAAGAAAUCAUACAAGGAAAGAGGUUAGCUAAGAAGAAGUGGGACACUGAGGGGACCGAGGAGAAGCAAAAGGAAUACAUUGAGAUGCGACGUAGGGCAAAGGUAGAGGUGGCGUAGGCCAAACAAGAGGCAUAUGAUGACAUGUAUGGCAGGUUGGACACUAAAGAAGGAGAAAAGGAUCUAUACAGGCUGGCCAGACAGAGGGAUAGAGAUGGGAAGGAUGGGCAGCAGGUUAGGGUGAUUAAGGAACAGAGUUGGAAAUAUGUUGACUGGUGCCAGUAGUGUGCUAGAUAGAUGGAAAGAAUACUUUGAGGCGUUUAUGAAUGAGAGAGAAGGGAGAGUAGAAGAGGCAAGUGUGGUGGACCAGGAAGCGGCAAUGAUUAGUAAGGGGGAAGUUAGAAAGGCAUUAAAGAGGAUGAAAAAUGGAAAGGCAGUUGGUCCUGAUGACAUUCCUGUGGAGGUAUGGAAGCAUCUAAGAGAGGUGGCUGUGGAGUUUUUGACCAGCUUGUUCAAUAGAAUUCUAGCGCGUGAGAAGAUGCCUGAGGAAUGGAGGAAGUGUGCUGGUGCCCAUUUUUAAGAACAUGGGUCAUGUGCAGAGCUGUGGGAACUAUAGAGGAAUAAAGUUGAUGAGCCACACAAUGAAGUUAUGGGAAAGAGUAGUGGGGGCUAGACUCAACAAUAUGGUUUCAUGCCUAGAAAGAGUAGCACAGAUGCAUUAUUUGCCCUGAGGGUGUUGAUGGAGAAGUACAGUGAAGGUCAGGAGCUACAUUGUGUCUUUGUAGAUCUAGAGAAAGCCUAUGACAGAGUACCCAGAGAGGAACUGUGGUACUGCAUGCGGAAGUCUGGAGUGGCAGAGAAGUAUGUUAGAAUAAUACAGGACAUGUACGAGGGCAGCAGAACAGCGGUGAGGUGUGCUGUAGGUGUGACAGAGGAAUUUAAGGUGAAGGUGGGACUGCAUCAGGGAUCAGCCCUAAGCCCCUACAUUUUUGCAGUGGUGACGGAUAGGCUGACAGAUGAGGUUAGACUGGAAUCCCCGUGGAGUAUGAUCACAUUGUGAUCUGCAGUGAAAGCAGGGAGCAGGUGGAACAACAGUUAGAAAGAUGGAGGCAUGCACUGGAAAGGAGAGGACUGAAGAUUAGCCGAAGUAAGAGAUGGUUUGGACACGUCCAGAGGAGAAAUAGUGAGUAUAUUGGUAGAAGGAUGAUGAGAAUGGAUGCUGCCAGGCAAGAGAGCAAGAGGAAGACCGAAGAGAAGGUUGAUGGAUGUCGUGAGGGAAGACAUGAGGGUAGUUGGUGUUUGAGAGGAGGAUGCAGGAGAUAGGCUUACAUGGAAAAGGAGGACGCGCUGUGGCGACCCCUAAAAGGACAAGCCGAAAGGAAAAGAAGAAGAAGAAGAGAAUAUAUGUGCAUGAAUGAGAGGGGUGGUGGGGGAAGAGUGAUGCUGCAGGGGGAAGCGAUAGCAAGGGUGGAGGACUUGAAAUACUUGGGGUCAACCGUCCAGAGCAAUGGGGAGUGGGGUCAGGAAGUGAAGAAACCGGUCCAAGCAGGUCGGAACGGGUGGAGGAAGGUGUCAGGUGUGUUAUGUGACAGAAGAGUCUCUGCGAGGAUGAAGGGCAAAGUUUAUAAGACCGUGGCGAGGCCGGCCACGAUGGACGGAUUAGAGACGGCGGCACUGAAGAGACAACAGGAAGCAGAGCUGGAGGUGGCGGAAAUGAAGAUGUUCAGGUUCGCUCUCUGAGUGACCAGGUUGGAUAAAAUUAAAAAAGAGCUCAUCAGAGGGACGGCCGAGGUUCGAUGUUUUGGAGACAAAGUUAGAGUGAGCAGACUUCGAUGGUUUGGACACGUCCAGAGGAGAAAUGGUGAGUAUAUUGGUAGAAGGAUGAUGAGGAUGGAGCUGCCUGGCAAGAGAGCGAGAGGAAGACCGAAGAGAAGGUUGAUGGAUGUCGUGAGGGAAGACCUGAGGGCAGUCGUGAGUAUUGAUCAAAAUAAUCAAGUGAAGUUGAACAACAUAAAGGCUGUUUAUGCCUUUUUGAAUUAAUGGCUUACAGUUUUUAUUUACAAGAAAUGCUGAGUUUCAACUGAAACUUAUUUAUAUUUGUGUUUAUUUUACGUUGUGUUUGAAUUUGCCUCACUGAAACUAUUUAGAGACAAGAAAAUACAGUUUGCUGCUCAAAAACAAAAAACAAUUGGUUGUCAAUUAUUACGUGAAAUGGCUUAUUUUUUUCCCUGUGCAUUCGAAAACUAUUUUAAAAAUAACAUUUAUUUGAAUUGAAAAUAUUAAAAUCUAAUUUAUUUAAAUACUGGUUAAAAAUGUUUGUAGGAUGCGCGAAUACUCAAAUAUCCCAUCGCUCCAGCCCUAGCAAUAGUAUAUUGUAUGUAAUGUCACACAGUGACUGUAAAUAAACACAGGAAUAUUAUUAACAUGAAAAUGUAUUUCCUAAACAAGUGAGCGAGAAAUGAACCAACCUGCUCUGCGUAACACAAUUCGAGGCUGCAGCUUGAACACAGCGUCCAGUAGUUGUCGUCGUGGCUCCUUCUCCUCUUUUGGGCCAGGCACUUCUCCCUCGUACUCUGCUGUUGUUCUUGAGCACAUUUUCACAUGCCGAUCACAACACUUGCCGCUCUGGGUUGGAGGGAUGACAAAAGCAGCAAGUCCAUAUCAGGCAUGUGAAACAAUGACAUCAAGAUUCAUAUUUGGACAUUGUGGGUUAAACAGUACGUGAGUUAAAUUGGAAAAGCACCAAAGUCAACAAGAGGAAACAGUAACAUGUACGUAUGCAUUGUAAGAGAUAUGACACAGAUAGAAGACAGCUAAUUUGUGACCUCAGGAGAGAAAAUGUGUUUAAACAUUGUAGACAUUCUACAGCCGGCCCGACUGGUUAUCACAUCCGCCUCGCAGUUCUGGGGUCCGGGGUUCAAAUCCCGG